UGUUAAUAAAUAUUUAUUUAAAUAGCCGAACAUUCUUCUUUUAAAUUCUUAAUUGUUCUUCUUAAUCAAUUUUCCAAUGUGUUAAUACCCGUAUGUAAUGUACAACUACAUUCAUUGUUUAUAUAUAAUAAACCAAGGUAUUAAACAAAUUGGACUUUUCAGAGGAUCCUUGUAGAAUCCCUUCAUAUUUCUUGAAAGGUUAUUUAAGUUAAAUAAAAGUUCCUUUUAUUAAUUUAACCAUUUAAGCGUAUAAAAAGCUUUAUAAAUCACGUUCGGUAUAAGCGUCUAAGAUAUACAAUAAAAGUGCUCACCUCAAAAGUGAGGUUAUUAUUACAACAUAACAUACAACCAUAACAUACCUAAAAGGGAGUAAAACAUGGACGUGGACCUGCUUAAGCCCGGUAGCAUUCCCAUCUCCCCGGAUACAGUGCUGGGCUUUGAAUUCCUCCUGGACAAAAAUCUCCUUUUAAACCAUUUACAAAAGCCGAACCCCGAUCCUUGUCCCACGGAUCUUAUAACGAAAUUCUACAAUGUUAUAGCCAUGACUUUAAAGAAUAGGGUCGAACCGGAGAUUAUCGACCAUGUCACCAUGGAUAGUAAUGACAUUAUUAAACACCCCGCUAAAAAUAUUGCCAUGAAGAUUUUGUCUUUGAAAGUGGGCGCGUAUUUAAAGUGGAAUUUAACUCAAAUAAGGUCAUUGCCAUUCAAAACCCAAAUAAACCUGCUACAAGACCUAAUGUACUUCACUAGCGAAGAUAAAACCUUUAUGGAACUGACAAAUAUCGAGCAGCCAGAUACUAAGACUGCCUCCUCUCAAUUUCUGUUUGCGCUUUUACUGUUUCAUCGAUGGUUAUUGAGUACCUCGAUGCAUAGGGUGACGUCCAACUGGCAGCAAAGAUAUGGUCCUAACGAAAUGUCCCUGACCGACGAGAAUAUUAUUUGUUGUCCAGAAAACGUGAAAAAAACCUUGAACUUCUUAACGGACGCCUUACAAUGGGAAGAAAUCCCUUGUAUGUUGACGUUUGAUUGCUUUAAAAUGCCUACCGAGAAAAAUGAUACUAUAGAGUUUGAUUGGGGGAAAGCCACUAAAGUGUCCAAAGAAGAGUUUUACGCUCAAAUAUCGUAUGAUUUGGGCACGUUUUUCUUUUACCAAGAGAACUACGAGUCUGCCAAGCAAUACUUUUCAAAGUGCUUACAAUUUACUGAGGCAGUAUCCAACCAAUCGGGCUUUCUGGCUUUGGAUAGGGAAACUUUAGCCCAGUACGUUGGAGCCUGCGAUCCAACCAUGAACAUACAGAGCAAAAGUUUAUUGGAGCAACUAAAUAACUCUAUCGUAAAUCAGUUUAUGGGCAUAACGAACAUUUUGCAGCAAGACAAUUUGAAGAAAGAGAUCCCCCUGGUGCACAGGAUCAAUUUGGAGCUUAACAUACAAGGGGCUGUGUCCAGUGGGAUUUUUACGGUGGCCCGAGAUUUGCUCUUGAAAGUGAAAGCUUUAAAUCAGGUGAGGUGUGUGCUGGAACGAAAGUUUUUGUGUGAAUUUAGCCUGAGAGUCCCUAAGAAUGUCGAUACACUUUUGUGGGCAAUUCAAGUAAAUUGGAAACAGCACAAGGAGGAUGACAGGGGGGCACUGAAGCAGUUCUUGUUAGAGCUGGUGAUUAAAAGUGACGUGCCGGAUUUGCUCAACAAAAUCGCCACGAAUAGUUUAUUGCAAAACGUGUUCGAUAAGGCCGAGUAUCAUUAUUUAACCGAGGGGGAGCGUAAGAUUCCCGUGGUGCCCGAGAGUCUGUUUAAAUCCGAGGGUAGUUUAAUGGAGGGACCCAAAAAACGUAAACCCAAACAGGAAUUUAAGUUGUUUUCCAGGCAGCUGAUAAGCACUUAUAACGUGCAAGAGAUCAAGGAACUUCUGACGAAAAUCGGGAUGUUAAAUGUCGGGGUGUCUGUGUGGGAGAUUAAUCCUAAGUGGGAGCUCCCGAUACCGUUGCAGAGUGUCAUUAAAGGGCUGGCCAAAGGUGUUCUUCCCGAUCUGGCAUUCAUCCUGCUUGCGAAAUCCCGGGAACAACUACAAACCAAAAACUGGGACUUAGCUCUGCAACUCCUGAUAACCCUAGAUCAAGAACUACAAAGUUCCGGCAGCAACGUUACUAAAUUAUCAAAAAUGCUUAAGUGGGAAGUUUUACUAAUACAAAUCACUCAGUUGAUCGAGGAACAUCCGAAAAGCGGCGUGGACAACACCGCGUUAGCAAACGCGUGCGAAUCCUGCUUAAAAACCAACGACUCGGUACUACCUCGUACCGAAAUCGUCGAAUCGUGCGCCGUCUGUCUGCUGAACUUGCAACGUUGGGAUUUUUUGAUCAGUUACGACACGCGAUUGGCCACUUUCGAUAUCGUGGCCGCUAUCGCGUUCUGUUGCCACGAGAUCGGCAAGAAUAAGGCUCUAAAGAGGUUUUCCAGAAGUUUCGAGAAGAAUCUCUGGGAUCUAGUGUUGCCGGUCUUCGCGUCGAAUCAGUCGAAACGCGGCGGCAAUUACCACGACGUUGCCAAUUUAAAGGCGAAUUUGACGUCGAUCUUUUUAAGGCUGAAGGACACGUGGUGUCUCACGAUAGUGAUAUCGAUGCUCGCCAAGUUUUUUAAUAUAUUUAAGGACGAGACGAAUGUGGAACUGCAGGUGGACUAUUUGAAUUUAUGGCCGGCCUCUGUGAGCAAUGCAAAUUCCUAUAACUUGGCAGCUUCGUCUGAAAUGCUUUCCGAGGUGGUAAGUCACGCUUUGAAAGAUUACCCUACUAACGUGCCGUGGUUGAGACUGAUGGGUGACAUCAAUUUCGCCAACGGUAAUUACGAAAUCGGCCUCUCGUUCUACCUGAAGUCCCUGAUCAUUUGCAACGAUUAUUUUAACAUCCCGGUGCGGUACGACGACCACGUGUUCCGUAGAAUGAUAAAAUCUUGUCAGGCUCUGGGUUGUUUCACGCAGGCGGCGGUUUUGUGCCAGUUUCUGGAAGAACCCGACUACUCUUUGGCUUUUCGGAUUUUGGGUGAACAAAAACCGUGUAACGACGCGGUCGACGCCUACUACCACUGUUUCUGGGACACCAACAUCCUGGAAUUCCUUAUCCAUUUACACAACCGUAGGGGCGAGUAUCAGCGAAGAAAAUGCGCCAUCCAAGUGAUCGGCAUGCUGGAACUGAACUCGAACAAUAACGAGGAGAUCCAGAGGGAGGCGAGUAAUUUAAGGAAGAGCGUGUUCCUGAGGGCCUUGUGUAAACAAUACGUCUUUUAGUAGGUUAAUUUUUUUUAAUAAAUAAACGCUUAUUUUGUUA